AUGCAAACUGAUAGUGAAUGUGAAUCGGAUGUUUCAUCAAUAGCUGGUUGUGCAACAACAAAUCAAAAUGAAUCAAAGUUAAGUUGUGAACACUUAAUUAAACGUAUUGAUUCUUUAGCACAAGAAAAUCGUGUUCUUCAAAUUGAAGCUCAAACAUAUAAACUACGUUUAAAAGCUUCACAACAGGAAAUUAAACAAUUAAAACAUUCAAGUGUUAAUAUACAAGUUAAAACUGAACAAGAAGAAGAAUUUAUUUCAAAUACACUUUUUAAAAAAAUUAAAGAAUUAAAGAAAGAAAAAGAAACUUUAGCAAAUAAUUAUGAACGCGAAGAAGAAUUUUUAACUAAUGAUUUAUCAAAAAGAUUACUAAAAAUUAGAGAAGAAAAAUUUUAUUUAGAAAAAUCAUUGGAACAAGAGCAAGCUGCACAAAUUAAUCAAUUAAUUAAAAGAAUUCAACGCUUAGAAGCUGAGAUUACUAAUAAACAAAUUACUCUUGAACAAUUGAAAAAUGAAAAAAUUGAACUAGAAAACAUACUGGGAAAAGAACAAGAAUAUUUAGUUAAUAACUUAUGGAAAAGAAUGAAAAAAUUAGAAAAAGAUAAAAAACUACUUCAAUUAAAAAUUCAACAACCACAAUCUCAUUCAUAUAAUACAAAAAGUGAUCCAUCAUCUUCAACAGAUUUAACUAUUGAUGAAAGACUCAAUAUUCGAUCUAAUUCAUUGCUUGAAUCAAAUUCGAUUUGUGAUAAUUUCUCAUCAAAUAAUAAUUAUGCUCGACAACUGAAGCAUGAAGCUGAAAAACUUCGCCAAGAAUUAAAUGUCCAACAAGAAAUGCAUAAAAAACGAAUAGAAGAACUUAUGUUAGACGAGCAAAAUGCUAAAAACGAAAAUUUACGUUUACGCAGAAAAUUACAAAUUGAAGUUGAUCGCCGAGAACAACUUUAUAAACAAUUAAGCGAAAGUGAAUCAUCACUUGAAAUGAAUGAAGAAAGAGCUUUAAAUCGAAAUAUUAGAUUUUAUUCAAAGAAAGAAAAACCAACAACAAGUGCAUUAUUAUCAUCAUCUCAAUAUAAUUUAGCUCGUUCUAGAACUUCAUCGAGUCCAGCAUUUAUUAUUAAUCAAAAUAUUGAACAUUUACAAAGAAGACUACAAACAUCCAACUCUUUAGACACUAAUAAUAAUAAUAUGGACUAA